AUGGAGGUGGCCUUUGUAAUUGUGCAGAAGACAGACUCCAUGACGGCUGUGGACUUUGUGGUUGUGUUGAAGAUAGACUUUGCGAAGGUGUGCUUUGUGAGUGUUUGGUCAGACUCUGCAGAGGUGCACUCUGUGAAGCUGACAGGGUCUGCAACAGUUGUGUAUGUGGUUGCAAAAGCAGACUUUGCGAUAAUGGGCCUUGGAACAGCGGUGGAUUCUGAAAAGUUGGUGUUGUCAAAUGCGAGGAGAUUUGAAUCAGGUAGAUCUUUAUUCUGAAAGAAAGCUGCUGUUUGUGUCUUCCUUUUCUGGCUCGAUUUCCGCGUUUUUUUUCUUUUUCAUGUCUUCUUUUGAACUUGUUUUUUUCGCCGUCUCUGACGCUGUUUGGAUAUGUUUGUUUGGCUGCUUCCCUUUUUGUUGUUUUUUCUCUUUUCUUGGAGCACUUGCUUUGCUUCGUGUUGUUGCAGUUCUUGUUGCUGUGUUGUUUGUUCAAUGAAGUUCAUUUCAUCGCUUUCUUUUGCUAUCUGAGAUCUCUUUCUCUACCUUUUUCAGGGAAGUAGUGGGCAAAAUGACGGAAUUCGCAAAUUUUUAGCUUUGUUGCUGUAACCUUGGGAUUAACGUGUAGGUUAGUCUUGUAACCGGCUCAAACUGGUUUUGGGUCACACCCUUUCCCCUGGAAUUUUAAUCUUCCAAUUGGGGGUCAUUUGAAUGGUUUUUUCGGCUGGAGUGGGGCCAUUUGGAUGAUUUUUGGCUUAAGGCGAUGUUAUUUUACCAUAGUAUGCAGAAAAUGAGUGCAGAUAAGAGAAAUAAUAAGGCCAACCAACAAGAAGCACGAAAUUGUUCUAUUGUUGGUUUUUCCCAGCAAGAAACUAAAGUUAGCCUUACUGCUGAUUUGAGAAAAAUUUUACCUAUGGUAAUAAUGUGAAGGAUAAUCGUAAUUCACUUGUCGGAAGACUGCUUUCUGUCCAAAUGAAGAACUAGAAAAUUUGGUCCUUGUGAGGGAAGGCUGAAGGGCUCCUAUUCCCACUCCACGAAGUAAUGUUCAACUAUGCAAGCCUGAAACAGCAGUCAGUACCAGUCCAAAGGACAAAAAUUAUGGAAACAAAGAGAACUCUUCACGGUUAUACCAAAUCUCACGAAAUUGAAUUGAAGCCUACUGUAGAUCCUUUGGUCCAGUUACAAAAUACAAGCUGGCAAUUAGUCGAUUAUUGGAUACUGAAUUACAUGAAAUGUGAGGGUACAAAAUUACGGAAGUUAUAAAAGUUACUUUUAAAAGGAGAAAAGAUGGGAAAUGAGGCACGAAGAACAGUAUUUUAAUAGCAGGCCACAAAUUGUGAUUUAUGCCAUUGACAUUAGUGAAAGUUUGAAUUUGUCCCAGCAAAAGUUAUUGACCGGUAUUGCUGUUUGGUUGAGAGAGGGAAGUGGCUGGCUGUUAGAAAACAUAAAUGGACACUGUAUUAAUAUUGUAAAAUAUAAUCCAUUGAGGGGAAAUUCAUAUAUCCCAUUACCGGAAGAACUUAGGCAUGGCAGAAAGGUACUGGUUAAUAUUAAGAACAAGGAUAAUGAGUGUUUUCGUUGGUGCCAUGUUCGCCAGUUAUCCAGGAAAUGUUAAAAAGUCAGAUAGAAAAAUGGCACAAGAAUUAAAUUACCAAGGUGUGGAGUUUCCAGUGAGUGUAAAAGAUUAUCACAAGAUUGAGGUGGAAAGUAGUAUAAAUAUUAACGUGUUUGGCUAUGAGGGUAAACAAUUUUACCCUAUCUUUGUUUCUUUUGUAUUCUGAAGGAUUUUAGAAGCGAACAAUGAGGAACAAAUAAACACUUGGGUAUACCAAGAACAUAUCAGGCAACUGUUUAUUUCACCUUCUUACAACAUCUUACAUCACGUGAACAAUACUAUAAACCUAAAAUACUAGUUUCCAAGCAGAAUAAUGAGAAAGUAUUGAACCUAAUGUUAAUAACUGAAGAUGAGAAGAAACAUGUGCUGAUGAAACAUUUUAACAGAAUGAUGUUCAGUAAGACUAAGCAGCAGCACAGAAAGAAUUUUUGCAUGCAUUGCCUUCAAUGUUUCGGCACUAAAGAGAUACUUAUUAAGAAUACGCCUGUGUGUAUGGUAAUAAAUGGAGAACAAUCUAUUAGGAUGCUGAAGAAAGGUAGUACAGUACAGUUUAAGAAUUUUCACAAGCAGUUGACAGAACCAUUUGUCAUUUAUGCAGAUUUUGAGGCUAUCACAGAGAAAGUAGAUAGCUGCCAACCUGAUAGUACUAAAUCUUAUACUGAGAAAUUGUAAAUUAAACGAGACUUACCUGUAAGGUGAAGUUUGAUUGAGGUUCUACCAGGUCAUCACAGCAGCAGAGAUUACAUGAGAUAGCGCAUGCGCAUAGCUGGUCAAUAUUAAAAGCACUGAGUGUCCGUAUGUAAUAAAAAGAAGACCCAGUAGGCCCAUAACAGGAUAUGGGCUGAGUAUGAAACCAGGGAGGGUAACAACUGGGAGGGCAUGUAAUCUCUGCUGCUGUGAUGACCUGGUAGAACCUCAAUCAAACUUCACCUUACAGGUAAGUCUCGUUUAAUUUACAAUUCUACCAGGUCAUCGCAGCAGAGAUUCCAUGAGAUUUCAAAGCCAUAUGGACACGAAGACAAAAUAAACAAGGAACACCUAUAAAACACAACUGGUGUCCUAGUUUAUUAACUGUAGUAGAAAAACCAAGACCUAGAAAGCUAGGCUUAUACAUUAAUGCUGGUACCAAGAACAGCUUGGCCAAAACGAGAAACAUUAUCUUCAAUAGGUUUGUUGUAAAACUUACGGAAAGUGCAAUCUCCUUUCCAAGACGCUGCCUUAAGAAUCACAUCUAUAGGCACCUGGCAUGCAUUUGCUUUGCUGGUAGAAGCAGCUCUGGUACUAUGGGGUUUGAACACUUCCACAUCAAUACCAGCCUUGAUCAUAACAUUCUUAAUCCAACGUGAAAUAGUGUCCCUAGACACGGCCUGGUAGGGUUUAACAAAACUAAUAAAGAGUCUGGUUUCUCCACCUCUAAGGGGUGCAGUACACUUAAUGUAUUCUGAGAGAACUGAGUAAAUGCAAACCCUGCCAUCUGCUGGGAAGGCAGGAAGGAUAAGCUCUGGUAGAUUCCUGCCUGGAGCUGACUGCUUAACAAUAUCCUUAAUAAUAAAUUUAUAGUGGUCAGUAUUUUUCUGCAUACUAGUAAUAUCCAUAAGAUGGAAAGACUGACAUCGCUGACCUGUAACCAGUGCUAUUAACAUAACUAGCUUAUGGGUAAGCUCUUUAAGGCUUAUGCUUUCCAGCGGUGGAAAUGUUUGAAGGUAUGUCAAAACGCUUGUGGGAUCCCAGACCGACUGGUAUCUAGGUAUACUAGGCCUAUUGUUAAAUACAGCCAAAAAAAAAAACGGUUAACUAAUGGGUGAGAACCCACAGUUUUGUUAUCAUCUAGGUGGAUAACAGAUGAUAGAGCACAACGAGCAGUAUUCAGGCUACUGUAGCCGAGUCCACUAUCAAACAGUUCAGUUAAGAAAUCUAUGACUUCUGAUAUAGCUGGUUGAAUGGGAUCAGUAUUCCGUCCACUGCUGAAUGUGGUCCACCGCUGUAAGUAUGUUCGGUACUGUUUCUGGGUUCCUUCCCUCCAGGACUGCAGAAUGAGCUCUUGAGCCCUCGCUGAAAUGCCUUUAUUUUGGAGACUUUCCUGAUAAGUGACAUGCCAUCAGCAGCAGUUUUGCCCCCAAUGGGUGUUCUUUCCCUGGGUUGAAGGGAGGUGUACGAUGUUGGGACGAUUGGGGAGUAGCACUGGGGUCUGCACCAGAAGUCUUGUUAAUUUGGGAAACCAGGACUGUGUUGGCCAAUGAGGGGCUAUCAUGAUUGCUUCUGCUUGAUCCUCCUCCACCUUUUGUAGAACUUGUGAAAUUAAACUGAAGGGAGGAAAAACAUAGUUAUAUUGUGUUCCCCAGUCUAAUGUAAAAGCAUCUACUCCAACAGCAUUAGGAUCAGGGAUCCAUGAAACAUAACGAGACAGUUGAUGGUUAAGUCUGGAUGCGAAUAAAUCAAGGUCAGGUUUGCCAAAUAAGGAAAAAAUUUCUGACACCACUGGUUGGUCCAGUUUCCAUUCUGUUUUGUCAUUAAAAACCCGGGAAGCAGAGUCUGCUUCGAUAUUCUCGACCCCAGGGAUAUGUGCAGGUGUGAUCCAGAUAUCUCUGUCCUUGCACCAAAGCCAUAUGUCUCUGGAGAUAUCAUUACAAGGGAUAGAAUGGGAUCCCCCCAUGUUCCUCAGAUAUGAUACAGUGGUGGUAUUAUCAGACAGAACUUUAAUGUGGCAGUGAUGUUCUGAAGGGCAUAAAGCCUUGAGGCCCCAAAAAACAGCGAGGAGCUCUAGGGCAUUAAUAUGCAGUUGAGCUUCUUCCGGGACCACCUGCCACCUGUGGAAAUCCCAUCUGAAAAGGCUCCCCACCCUUGGGUAGAGGCAUCUGUUUUGAGUUCUCUUGUGAUUUUCCCAUGACUAAUCUUCCUUUUGCAUGUUUUGGCAUGGUUCAUCCACCAGACUAUGUCAUUUUUUGCUGUUUCAGACAACAUCAUAGGACUUUCAAAAUUCCAGUUGGAAUUUUUUAGAGCAGUUGAUUUUUCAAUCUCAAGUUGUCUGUAAAAAGUCUAGCAUACUCUACACCAGGGAAAAAGAUACCAUAAUGCCCACUAAACGAGCAACCAGUCUAACAGGAACAGAUGUAGAUUGCAAUACCUGAUGUGCUGAGGCAAGUAGCUUGCCAAAAUUGUGAUCUGUUAUGCUAACAGACAUGUCUAAGGAAUUUAAAAUAAAACCCAGAUGUUCAAGGAUCUGUGUAGGUUGGACAACUGAUUUAGCCAAAUUAGGGCAGAAACCCAAGUCCCUAAAAAGGGUUAAGGUAUCCUGGACAUUGGAUGAGCAGGCCACACUAGUGUCUCCUUCUAAAAAGGAGUCGUCUAAAUACCCACUAGAAACAUGUCCUUUGAGUCGGAGGUAUGCAUACACAGGUUUGAGUAAUUUGGUGAACACUCUGGGAGCACAGGCAAGGCCCCCUGCGCAAGGCAAGUAAACUGAUAAAGCUUUCCUUUCCAUAAAAACUUAAGAUAUUUUUGAUGUGACCGGUCAACAGGUACAGAAAAAUAAGCAUCUGAAAGAUCAAUAGAUGCCAUAAAACACCCAGGUUUCAUCAAAGUAACACAGGUUUCAAUAUUAUCCAUCUUAAAAUGAUGGUAAGCAAUAAAGCGAUUGAAUUCUUUCAAAUUCAGAAUCAUUCUGAAACUCCCAUUUUUCUUAGCUCGGAGAAAAACGGGGGAUAUGAAUUCGGUGGAUUCAUGUUGGGCCUCAACAAUGAUACCCCUAGACAAAAAAUUUUGAAUCUGCUGAUCUAAGGCCACUGCUGCCUCAGUAUACAGAAUGGUAGGUCUAACUCUACCUAGUUGAACAGGCUGUAUGUCAUAAAACUCAAGUUUGUAGCCCUGUACGAUGGACAGAAUAGUUCUGUCAGAGGUAAUUUCUUGCCACUUGGCCAGAAAAUUCUUAAUUCUUCCACCAGUAAUAAGGGUGGGUACAGAGCUUACCUUAGGUUGAGUCAUGACUGUUUCACAGUCUGUUUCAUUGUUUUCGUCUCGGUUUUGCGAGGUUCCUUCCUGUAUGAGGGGUGAUUGCUCCUCUGAUAGCCUCUGCCAUGGUUGCUGUACUGGUUGAAGGGGCGCUGGUUGCGCCCCCUUGGCCAAAAAAAAGACCGUGAUGGCCCUUUAUACUUCUGAGAACUUGGCUUGUUGGAUCUUGUAAGCUGUUUGGCUGCUUUGUUACUCUCGGUAACUGUUUUCAGCCGUUCGCUAGGUCGUCACCAAACAGUUCACUUCCAAUUGGGUGCUUGUUAUUACACAAGGCCUUGUAGCUGUCAUCUAAAUCUGUUUUGAACAAGUCACGGCGGCAAAUAUUCAAGCUGUGGUUAGCCGCCGCUACAAGAAGAAGGGAAUUGAUAGAGCUUCCCAUAGGGUCUCUUUGGUUGGCAUUGCAGCGCCUGAAUCCAAAGAUUCACCCACUUUUCCUGUCAUGUCUGCAAGAGGAAUAAGCCCUUUAAUCAGGGUGUCUUGCAAAGCUUGAAGUCUAGCAUCCAUGCUUCGUGUUGGCUUUUUAGCGAUGUCCCAAAUCUCGGAAUUGACACGAGUUUGGGCAAGUAAUGUGCUGUUUGUGGGCCUAUGAAUGUUCUCUUUUCGCCGCUUAGUGGCUUGAUCAUUAAGACCACUGGCGAGGAUGUUGUUAAGAACGUUUGCGAUUUUUUCGAAAUCGCUGGCCCGUGACUUCGUCCUCGGUCACCGGUGACAAGUGAAUCCACUUUGCCAGUAGUAUCUGUCGUUUUGGAGCGGGGUUGUUCGUCCGGUUGUGGCGUGAUUCUGGGUCGCUUUGGCGGAGGCCCUUCCUCAUUCUCGCUUUCAGCCAACGAAGGAGCGUCGACAUCAUCCACAUCUUGCAAUAGCCAGGCAUCGUGAGACUCUUGUAAAGUUUUGACAACGGGCACCAUGUCUUGCACGAGGCUUGUCAAUAGGUCGAGUUUGUGGAGAAGCCUAGCUUCUCCCUCGCCUUCAGCAGAGUCAGCAGCCUGACUCGUGUUUGCGGCAGAUGUGGAUUGUUGUUUUGGAGAUCGAGACGAUCCUGUAAGCGUAGUUCCUUUGCUUGUCAAAUUCGGCGAAUUUGACUCGGUCAGUGACUCCUUGGUCACAUCAAGGAUUUCAUCAAGUACGCCGGAACCCGGCGUAGGCAUUUUUAGUGAAUGAAAAAACACGGCAGUUAUAAACUUUGCUUCGCAAAGAUUGCCGAUGUAUGAUAAAUAAGAAAUAUAACUUUACGAUGGUGAAGAUAGACACCGGAUUGUGAUGUGCUAACAGACCAGCCUUGCCAAAAUGGCGACGCAAGCACAAAAUUGACCAGCUAUGCGCAUGCGCUAUCUCAUGGAAUCUCUGCUGCGAUGACCUGGUAGAAUGUAGUUCUCGAAGGUCUGCUUCCCUGAGGCGAUAAAUCACUGCUCUCAGCUAGAUUAUAUUGCAUCCUCAAUUUGCUUGGUUUCGUCAGCCAUUUCCUUCAGGAUUUAAAUUACAUUGGGGUCACCAAAUGUUACGCUGUCUUCAUUCUCCUUUAACUUUAUUUGUUGAUUGAAUAGAAUCCGUACAGUAACUAUUUACUAUUCCUUAUUUAUUAUACAUUAUGUAUUCACACUGUUUGAACCUUGUGGAGCUGCAUUUAACACAACUUCAAACAUAGAUUUGAGGAAAAAUAGCUUAAACGAGUAUUUUAAAACCAUUUUGCAUUGUUUCCAUGUUUAUUCACUCUCGGGCUUUAUAUAGGCCACUCGAUGAACAAACUGGUCUUCUUGUUCGCUGUUCUCGCUAAAUAAUUACUGAUACUCAUAAAAUUCUAUUGUUCUAUGUCUGUAUUAAAUCAACAACAGAUGUCAGAACAACUGUCUAAGGAAAACAGGGGCGGUCCUUUUUGUCAGCAGGGAAAUUAUCAGGGGUAAUAUAUACUAAACACGCUAAAUAAAACAGGGUGCAAUACCGUAAAAUUCCGAAAAUAAGCCCCUCCAAAUAGAAGCCCCCCAAAAUCGUAAUGCAAAAAACCUUCCAUCAAAUCGCCCCCCGAAUAUAAGCCCCUCCGGAGGGCUUGUACUUGGAAUUUGCCCUCAAAUACAAAGUAAAACAAAGCAAAAAUGGUAAAUUUCCUUGCCACUACAAGCUACAAUCUUGGACAAAACUGUUGAGAAAAUUGCCUUCUUGGGGGUCAUUUUUUCUAAACUUUGUAGCCGACCCAUUCUUCCCUACCCCUCUCCCCCUGGAAGCAGUGUUGUUGGGUCUUCAAAAGAAAGCCGGAUCCCUAAGCAUUUGUAGGAAGCAACUUUGAACUAGCGGAGGGGGUUUUCUUUACGCAAAGCCGUUGAUUUAGAAAUAGUUUUGUUGCCUUAGGUAGUGCACAUUAAUGAAAACAUUUUCUCAAGUAGUUUUGUCCAGGAUUGUAUUUGACUGGAAAAGUCGAUUUUGAGCAUUUAACACGGGCACAUAAAUCUGUUCUUUAUUUUUUUUGUACAUUUCACAGAAAAGUAGAUAAUUAAUGGAAAAUAAGUGACAACAGAGGAGGCGAUGACAAGAAAAUCAGCUUUGAUGUCUUUCUUGAUUCAAGUAACCAAUCGUGAACGUCUGUGAAUUUCAUUUUCCACGCAGGGUUUUUACGCGCGCUUUGAGUGCAGCGGAGCAGGCAUACAUUACGGUUUUGGCGGACGAGAAGGACGUCUCCGUCAAGGAGAUUUGCCAGAAAACGGGAAUUUCACCUGCUACGAUUCGACCAACAAAUAACACAUGAAACUUUUGCGGACAUUUCAGAGCGCGUGACCCAUACUUUGAACAAUUUUCCCAUCGGCGAAAUAGAUAAAACAAUCAAAGUCAAUGAACAAGCGCUCGCCAUUAAUAACAGCAUCAAAUGGGGAGGGGAUGAAAUAUUAACAAAACUUGUAUUUCUGCUUUCCAAAUUUGAAAGCUUACUUUUGACACUGUAGCGAUGUGCAGUGCAAAAAAUCACACUAUGAAAUCUAGAAAUGUCACGCGCAGUAACAUGACAAGAUGUACUAUCAUGUGACCUGUAAGAGUGCAUGUUUUGCCCUCGGGCUAUUUAUAGCUUACAUAUGACUGGAAGAAAUUAUGAGAUAAAUUCAUCAUUUGUAAAGCAAGAGAUAGUAAAAAUUGCCAUAGUUGUCUUCUAAUCUCUUUCUCUCCACAAUAUCUAAGAUUCGGAACGAUUAACAGGACAUUUUUAGGGUGCUACCAAGAUUCGCAACGGUUAACAACAAUUCACAAGGACGCUUCAAAAGAAUCAGAAGGUCAUUUACUUUUAAAAACGAAAUGGUGUUAACCGUUUCAAUGCUUUGUUAAUCGUAACAUUAUUCUAUCCAUGGAAUUAUUAUAAAAAGUUAACCGAUUUGUAGCAAACGAGGUUUCUGUAACCCUCAUAGUUUAGCGAAUUUUAAGAUCUGAGAAGCAGUUUCCAUGUGACGGGAUACGUUUCCAUAUUGGCUUCACUAUACGUCACUAAAUAAACACUACGAACUUCUUCUCUUCUAAGAAAACCGUCAUCCAAGUCUUUUCCUGACUCUUCUGAAAACUAUAAAUCACUUCCCACACUUUCCAAGCCUGCCAGGUUUGAACAACACGAAAACAUGUAACAGUGAGCACGCGUUCUACGGCUAUUGCAAAAUCUUACUGUUUUAAGAGGGUGCAGCCAAAAACGUGUAUGAGGUGGUACUUUUCUAUGAGAAGAUGGUGUGCCGUGAAACUUUGUGCUUAAAGGAGCUUCUGUAAAGUGCUUUUUAUUGAUAGGUUUCCGUUUUGUCCAUGUUAAUAUUCUUGCUAAAAAACGUGAAUCACCUUAUAUACAAUCUUGGACAAAACUGUUGAGAAAAUUGACUUCUUGGGGGUCAUUUUUUCUAAACUUCGUAGCCGACCCAUUCUUCCCUACCCCUCUCCCCCUGGAAGCAGUGUUGUUGGGUCUUCAAAAGAAAGCCGGAUCCCUAAGCAUUUGUAGGAAGCAACUUUGAACUGGGGGAGGGGGUUUUCUUUACGCAAAGCUGUUGAUUUAGAAAUAGUUUUGUUGCGUUAGGUAGUGCACAUUAAUGAAAACAUUUUCUCAAGUAGUUUUGUCCAGGAUUGUACCCAAUCAAUUUUGAAAUGCAAAUUUCCCUCUGUACAUAAGCCCCUCUGAAUAUAGGCCCCUCCAAAAACAAGCGCCUCAAAAAGGGCCAUUGAAAAAUGUAAGGCCCGGGGCUUAUUUUCAAAAUUUUACGGUAUUUUUAAUAUUGCAGCCUGCAUGCUGUAAUAUUGCAUUAUCCUGUUUUAGCAAAUUUAAUGUGUACAGGACAUUAUACCUGAUAAUUUAUGGCGUUGUCAACAGCACCUUUUGGGUCUAUCUCUCGUUCAUUUCAACUCAACUUUUUGUUUCAAAGUGCCACUUUAAUUACCUAAAACUUUCAAACACUGAAAAUAAAUGGAAUCAUGGAGACUGAUAGUAUGGAUUGCAGUCCGCCUUUAGAGGUAGAUAUAGAAUUGAAGCACUGCCAGAAAUGGCUAAACGUUACACACGCUUACCUUUGAUUUCUGCUGAAAUAUCAGUGUUUGUAGAGCUCCGUAUGAUAAACAAUGCCUCCUCUUCCGAAGAAUCCAUUGUCCUUCAAAACUGAGAUUUGCAGUUAGUAGAAUGACUGAAUUCUCUGGGUUACAAAGUAUGCAAAUUUGUAGUGUUACACGCCUUGCACGUGUUAAUUUCAUUGUUAGAAUUGUUUUGAAGAACUAUGACAAUGAACUAGCAACUCCCGGCUUUACUAAAAUCGAAGAUUCAUUACAAAGAAGGAACAAUAGGAUUUGAUGAGCAUCACAAUUAUCACGCAUACGUGUGACUAAAAUCGAAGAUCCAACACAGACAAGCAAUGAUUGGAUUUCAUAAGGAUCAUUAAUUAUAAUUCGACCAAAGCUGGCUGCAAUAUUUCCUAUAAUGCCAUAUGCUGCAGUAAUUAUCCAUUAAGGUCAGUUGGGCCGCCGUUCUUUCAGUGUUAAAUCUUCCACCACAAGGAUUUCCAGCCACUUGCCCAGUCGGGCACUGUUGUGUUGUAGCCCGCUGUUAUUUGCCUUAGAAAUACUUUGCAAUUCGCCACAUACAGUAAAACAGAGAAUGAAUAAAAUGAGCUGUAGUCUUUGGCCAUGUUGCCUGGUCAUUUACUUCAACUACUGUCUGAUAUUUGGACAAACGAUUUUUCAAGUCUUGUCCAUGGUGCGAUCUAGAUGUGAGUUGCAUGUGUAAGGCAGCCGGGGUUUCACAAACUGCCAGACGAUGCUACCAGGUCUUCCAAAUUGUUAUGGAAGGAAGUUAGGGGGUGAUCAAAGUCUAAAUUAAGUGAGAAGUGAGAAUUCAAAACUUAAUUUUCGCGGCUUAGACAUUGAUAUUUGUUUUAGACCUUUCAAUUUGGGCAGUAACUUUUGUCAUUGACUUUCUAUUUCCUAAAUUUACAGUUUUUUUUAAUUUGACUUUUUACUUGAAAGAUCAAGUUUUAGUUUUUACUUUUCGCGUUCAAUGCCGGGCAACCCUCGGCCAUGGUACGUAAUACCAUUUUCACCAAAAUUGAUUUCAGUUAUCCCACAUUCAAGACCCAUUUCUGUAGCAAAUUUUGCCAACUGUUGUUUUGUUUCUGGUGUGUUGAACUUUGGCAAACUCUUUCCCCAUCUUUGUGUUGCAAGUAUACCAAUCCUUUUUCUCCUGAAUUUGUUAAUAAAACAGGGUUUGUACGCUUUUGAGUUUGUUAAAUUCCAUGACUUUCUGUGACUUGUUUAAUGACCUUUUACAGUUUUCCAUGACCUUUAAUUUAGCUGUCCCUUUCCAAAUUUUAAAAACCAUCCAUGUUUUUUGGGUAUUUCCUGGCAUACUCAGGGUUAGAGAAACACAUUGUGUCAAACUGUUUUAUUUCGUGGAAACAUUUACAAAUAUUUCUGUUUUGACAGAGUCCAUUUCAGGAAUGAUGUUUUAUUUUAACUUGCACUUUUCUUGGAGAGCUCUCUAAGUUCAAUUUUAACUUUUUUCAAAGCUUUUACUUUGUCUUCAGCAGAUUUUCGCGUCGCAUUUUACUUGGUAAGGAGAAGGAAGUUGCCCUUCUUUUCAGCUUCCAUUAAAAGUUUGUUUGCAUCAUACUAAAGGGCGGCAAUUUCACUUAAAAGGGGCCUUUUCUUGUUCUCCAUCUCUGCACAAUCAUUCUGAAUUGCUUUGCACUUCCUGGUUUGAGCUUCCUUCUGUUUCUCUUGCUACUGCUGCUUAAGAUAGGCAGCAUACCGUUGUCUCCCUGUACUACACUACUAGGAGAAUGUAUGUGAAACAUCAUGUGAAAAAAACAUGUGAAAAUUGUCCAAUUUUCACACUCUUUUCACACGUUUUUCACACACUUUUCACAUGAAUUUCAUACACAUAUUUCACAUGCAUGUGAAAUUUUGCUUAGUGAAAUAUACGUUAAAUGGGUGUGAAACGAUGUUAACCCUUUCACACAUAUUUUCACAUACAGUUCACAUGGGGUAUCACACAGGCUUUCACAUGUAACACCUCAUUGAAUGGCAAAAGAAUUUCACAUGGUACUUACAUGUAAGUUCACACAUAUUUUCACAUACACUUCAAAUGGGGUUUCACAUGUUCUUUCACAUGCAUUUGUAUGCUGUUGCAUGGUUUCAAAAAUCAACAACAGAAACACGCUUUGAAACAGUGUUUUGAAGAAACGCAAGUCAACAACACACCUUUUCGUGUAGCUGUCCCUUUCACUGUCCUUUAUACUGUUGAUAUCUGGUUGAUAUGAAUUUUUAGGAAUUUUAUAUUUGCACUAUUUCCUAUUUUUCCAACAGGUCCUGUCCACACGCCAUGCAAGAUGAAAUUAUUGUUAUCUGAUUUAUCCGUGUAAAAUUUCUGAGAAUAAUUAAGUGUAGUGUUAUGUGUUUAAAGAUAUCUAGACAAACUGCGAGAAUGCUGACAUCUUUCCCUUCCGUCUCUUAGUCUGGCGAUGGAGAGACGCCUGGGGACGAGUCAGCUCUGAAUGGUGGGUGAUGUAAUUAUACUGAACUGUAAUAAAAUAAACCAGAAACAACGUGGAUAGGCUUCAGCAAUCACUUUAUUACUUGUUUGUCACAACAAAGGUGCACAAAGUAAACAGGGCAAAAAAUGAGUAUAGUUCACUGCAGGCUUAAUUGUCCUGGUGUAUAUUGGUUAUUCUUUGCCAUUCGGCGACGGUUCUGAAACCAAUUGUCUACCUAUAGAAUAAAGCAGAAUAAAGUAAAAUGUUAAAGUAUAUCAUUCAUGGGUUAAUUUACGGUUUUUCAGUCUACAUUUUCACACCUCAUUGCACUAUGCGUUGUAAAUUUGCGCGAGCCUUCUAGCCACCAGACCCUUUUGGGGACCUUCUUUUUCAAGGCGUUUAAACUGCCAUUUUUAUGUUACAGUUCAAUAUACAGUUUGAAAGGCAAAUCAUAACUAAUGUUAGUGUUUUAAGAUGAUUUUUAAUGUUUUUAAUAUGACGCCAGCAUUACAUUGGAUGGUAUUCAAUUUUAAACCAACGACCAUUAAGCUUCUUUGAUCACAGUUUCAUCACAAUUCAUCAAUUUGAUGCCUAAUUGAAAAUUGAUAUUGUCAUAAAAUCGUAUGCCCAUGUUCUCCACGAUGUAUCAAUCACCGUUGUGAAAAAAAUUAAAGUUUUAUCGCAGUUUUCAUCAUUAAAAUGCAUAAAGAGACUGUGUUUUUGGAAAUCUUGACUGAAAAUAAAACGCAUAAAAAAUGAAAACCAAUCGAUGACAAUUAACUGAUCAAUUUGUAUUGAUAAUCGAUAAGAAUUGAUAAUCGAUGAAAUCGAUAAUCACAUAAAACCCGAGCAUCGAUUGUUCAUCGAUUGAUCGAUUGAUUUUCCUAUCAUCGGUUUCAUCGAUUGGUAACGCCCUGCACAAAGUUAUUAGAAAACCAAAGUAAUUAAGGUUAUAAACGAACCACGACAUCAAGAAGACAGAAGAACGUACCUUUCGGCUAUAAUCCAGCUGAGUUGCUGACUUGGAAACAUCCUUUAUGUGAAGAAUUUCGCAAUUGAUUACUUUCUUUUGAAAAUAACAUGGGUAUUAACAGAAAUACAGUCUUGCGGCUAAACUUCAGAAUACCCGGCCACUGAAAUAUCAUUCAUCAAAUCCUGCUACCGCAGUCCCGCAGUCCCGCAGUCGACAUACUUUACUUAAUAUCUGUAUAUAAACAUCACGAAAUAUGCCGCUUGCAUCGUGCACGUUGGUGUUGACCUUGUUGGUCCUUGCUACCACAGUCCCCAGUCGAAAUAAUUUACAUACAUGUAUGAUCACAAAAUACACGUUAAUUGAACUUGAUGAGUGAAAUAAAAGCAAAAUAAACGUGACAUGAACUUGAUGAGUGAAGUCAAACUUUUGUACUUAUGUAUUACACGUUCUUAAAGUGUGUUGUGCGAAAGACAAUUUCAAUAAAUGUGUCUAUUCCCGUUCUUGUCCACCAAGCUGUCGAGCCAGUAAAUUACAUCCCUACUCUACUAUAAAUAGUUACCUAGGCCGACUGAGGAGCCUCCAAGCCCUCGAACCACUAAACUGUAUAUCUUGCUCGUUCAUUUGCUCGCGCUACACAUGAAUAUACCUUCGUUCUUUUAUGCAUGAGCCAAAAGUAGCGCUCUACACGUGAACAUAACUCGUUCUUUCAUCCCUGAGCCGAAACAAACACGCUACACUUGCUCCUCUCUUUUUCUCAGUCGCAAAUAACAGAGUGCACAAAUCGUAUGAACAACAAAUAUACCUCUGCCUUGUGUCUUUAACCGUUAACUUGCUUUCUGCAUUCCCACUUCAAACCAUCCGAUCGAUCCUCGUAUCUCGUCAAACUCAUUUCUCCAGCACACAUCGGACACGAACAUUCCUUCGCCAUCAGCCCUUCAUCCAUUAACCAGUGUACCAAAAUUUCUUUGUCCUGCAUUUGCACUACCAGGUUGUCGUAUCGCCACUUGCGGGAGUGCGGACCGCGGUAGCACUUCAGUUUAACACUUAGUGUUUAAUACUUAGUCAUCGACUGCGGGAGUGCGGACUGCGGUAGCACUUCAGUUUAACACUGAGUUUAAUACUUAUUCAUUGACUGCGGGAGUGUGGACCGCGGUAGCACUUCAGUUCGACACUUAGUUUAAUACUUAUUCAUCUACUGCGGGAGUGUGGACCGCGGUAGCUCUUGAGUUUGACACUUACCGGUAGUUUAAUACUUAUUCAUCUACUGCGGACCGCGGUAGUACUUCAAUUUGACACUUAGUAAAUACACAUUGACUUGCUAGCCGACUACAGACCGUGGACUACGGGAGCAGUAUAUCCGAAAAUAACGAAAAUACUCUGUUUGCAACGCUGUGUUGCUUGUGAAGUCUGCGUGAAUUUGAAGUAUUCAAUGGCAGUUCAUUUUACACUUUUCUAUUGCUUCAAAAGCCGCAUGUGACAUCCUAAAUCAAAUUGCGCAUGUGCCACAGUCACGGCGAAGUCUGGGAAACAACAAACACGGCGGCUAAUCUUGCAGAAUGGCCGGCCCGUUUGAGUGGAGAAAGUGGUGAUUUUCAACGUUGAUAAGAAUAUUCCAACGUAUUUGAAGAGUUAGAAGCAAGAGGAAAACUUAACAUUAUUCUUCCAAGUUUUUUGAGGAUUUAAGAAAAUGCUGGACUAUGUUAUGAAUCAAAGCUGCGACUAAAUGCAUGUUGUAGACGUUGUUCAUUUAGCACAAGCUCAGGUACGGAAAGGUGAUUGAACCAAACACACCUUGAACACACCAAGAGCAUGCCAGUUGUUUGUUUCAAGGAAUCAUUUAUGAGCUGAACGAACUGUAUCAAAAGGAAACUCAAAAAGCGUGCAAAGCAAGGAACUGUUCGCAUGUUCAAGUGGACUUUCGACCUUACAACGAGCACAUUACAGUAAGAAACAAAACAUUCAUUCAGUGUAGUUACAUAUGUCGUAGUAUAGAAAUUUGGGAUCGAUAAAGGAUUAUUAAUAUUAGAUUAAUUUGGAUAGCAAAGUAAGUUUUUUGAUGGAGUAAUAAAAUUAAAGCCGUUUUGUCUUCAGUGAGGAUCUGUUGAAAGAAUGGUUUAAUUCUUACAAUUUAGCCCUCCCACUUAACAAAAAUCUACUGCAGGUACACAUCUUUCUGGGUGGAAACCAAUUGUUGAGAUACUCAACCCACAUAUUUAAAUGAGAAAGUUGAUUAAAUAGAUAAAUUUAUAUCGAAUGCUCUAGCCAACAAUGAAGACAAUAAUGAUAUUUGUAAAGAUGUACAUGAAAUUUAAUUUUGCAGUUUUCAUGGGGUAUUAACUCGAAAUUUAUGGCAUUUUCAUGAAAAUGUGGCUCAUAGUGGUUGCAUUUAAUGAGCCCUGGAAAAAUUUCACCCGCUCACUCCUACAUGCCUAGAAGUGUUCACAUGCGUGAGCAAAAUUUCAGAUCUGUAGCAUCUAUUAUGCAUGUGAACUUCAAAUUUUACAUUCAUGACAAAAUUGUUUCACGUAAGUGAAAAGAUUUCACGUGAGAUAAAAUGCAUGUUAAAAAGUUCACACGUAUGACAAAAAUCUUUCACAUGCAUGUGAAAUGCUGAUGUGGUGAACUUGUAUUUUUGCCAACAUUGAUUUCACAUGGUUCCUUUUUCUCACACACUUUUCACACCCUUUUCACAUGAUUUUCACACACAUAGUCCUAGUAGUGAGCUAGCUGCUGCAAGAAGUUCUCUGAUAAUUACCAGCUUGCUUAAGCCUCCAGUAUUAAGGAUGUGGUCAUGAAUUGUACGCUGGCCAAUGAAAGUCUGUUCUUUCAUAUUGUCCAUCAUCACUUGGCGGAUUACAGAAAAGCCUCUCUCCACACUCGCCUGUCAAUCACAGAGUCAAGAGUUUCCUCACCAGCUCGCACGACUUAGAAAGUGAACUCACACAGCCCAUAUGGUGCUCCAGAAAAACAUCCAGUCUGUCUUCACGUUAAACUACUCAAAGGCAGCCUCAACAGCUCUGUCCACCAACUCAGAUUACUCCAAAGUUAAGGAGUAAAAUUUCGCAUGGUCAGUCUCUUGAAUUCAACUGAUUUCUUCAUAACCAAUUUGAAUUUUGUGGAACAUGCCUCUUUGUCUUGUACAAUCAAGUUGGGGUCCUGACACAUCAUCAGAUUUCGUGCCAUAGAGUAGGCUAUAGGUGUCUUUUCAACCAGUUUGCAGACAACUGUGCUUAAGGUCAUUCCUUAGCAAAGGAACCUAGUUAACAUAGAUUGUGGAUGGAACUUGGUACACUGAUGUAACAAGUCAAGAAGUGGAUGAAAAAGUAAUAGAAAGUUGGGAUCACCGUGCUCAUUUUUCUGUCUCAAUGCUUACAAAUACGGCUUUUUAGGACCCUUUGACAAAAACUGCUUGCAGCCCAAAACUGGACAAAAAGGUGAGAUUUUUUCGGUGAUAGAUGUGGUAUUGCACAGAAUUUGACUUAAAUGUAUUGUUUAUCCACUUACAUACCAGAAAAAUGCCUUUUAAUGCCCUUGUUUUAACUUAACGCUCCAAAAUCUGUACAAUUUAGUAAAAUUGCCAAAAAACUGAACAUAGAUUUACGCCAAUUUUUUCCUCAUUGAAAGGAAGCUCUGUUUUUAUUAAAAUCAUGAAAUAAAAAAUAAAGGUCACCGUACUUGUUUUUGCAGUAGAGCUGCAGAAAGUGUAGCCUCCCCUGCAGGCUUUGUCGUGCGUUCCUGCCUCACAAACAUCUGCUGAUCUGAGCAGGAAAUUCCUUUCCCAUUGUUCGCAAAUAUCAGUUGGAGAGCACGUGCAAAUUAUCACAGAACCAGUUGGUGCUAAGUUAUUAUUUAGUGAAAAGCCAAUUAUAAGGUGUUUUAGAACAGGCCAUCCGGUGGGGAUUUAAUUUCCCACGAGUUUAUUCUGCCGCUAAAUAUUUUUAUGUAUGCAAAGUUAUUCCAAAUCCUUGCUUCAUGUAUGGCCGAAACACCGAAAAAAGUCAUGGGCAAUAACUGUUUUCUCUGUAGUAGUCAUUUGAUUUCUUCUGGCAGAGUAUGUGUCUUUGGAAAGAGUUCUGUCUGCAUCUCAGGCGUCAUCAAAGAAGCCAUGGAAAUUGAUGUAAGUUUGUUUUCGUCGAGUGACCCGUUUGUAUGCAGUAACUGUUAUAAAUACUUGACUCGAUUUCAAAAAAUUAAGAAAAACCUGCAAUCAGUUGAGAAAGAGAUAAAAAGAAGAUUACAAGAAAGGGGCAUUCAGAACGUAAUGUCUUUGCCAAGAUUCUGCUGAAUCAGACUUUUCGAUUGCUGCUUCAAUCGAAAAUACAGUUGUGCAAUGGAGUGCUGCAAAAUCAUUGAAGUGUUAAAAUUUUCCUACCACUUAUACUUCUCCUGGAAAAAGAUGGUGAAAGGUCAUCUGAAGGAAGUGCUGGUCAUUCCAGUCAAAGGGAAAGUAUCUUUUCAGUCAUGUAGGAAAUUCCUGAAACUCCGUCAAAUGGUUUGUUUACCUCGCCUCCUCCUCCUUCACUUCAGUUGACGUCCACGCCAGUGAGAGCCAACUCGAGCUUACAUUCAUCUCUACAAGUGGAGCCAUACGGAAGUUCAGCAGUAAAACUGGCAAUCUUUUAUUCUAGUGAAAUGGUCAACAAAUGU